GUGUCCUUGGAUUCCAACUCCUCCAUGAACUCCAACACGCCACUGGUCAGGAUCGCCCGCCUGUCGUCCAGCGACGGGCCGAUGCUGGCCAACGUGUCGGAGCUGGAACUUCCAUCCGACCCCAAAUGGGAGUUUCCCCGAACAAGACUCACUCUGGGUAAACCUCUGGGCGAAGGCUGCUUCGGUCAGGUGGUGAUGGCCGAGGCCGUCGGCAUCGACAAGGAGAAACCCAACAAGCCGCUCACUGUUGCUGUGAAGAUGCUGAAAGAUGACGCCACGGAUAAAGACUUGUCGGACCUGGUGUCGGAGAUGGAGAUGAUGAAGAUGAUUGGAAAACACAAAAACAUAAUCAACCUGCUGGGAGCUUGCACGCAGGACGGUCCCCUGUACGUCCUGGUGGAGUACGCUUCUAAGGGCAACCUGAGGGAGUACCUGCGGGCGCGGCGCCCCCCGGGCAUGGACUACUCCUUCGACACCUGUAAGAUCCCAGACGAGCAGCUCACGUUCAAAGACCUGGUGUCCUGCGCCUACCAGGUCGCCCGAGGCAUGGAGUACCUCGCCUCGCAGAAGUGCAUCCACAGAGACCUGGCAGCCAGAAACGUCCUUGUGACGGAGGACAACGUUAUGAAGAUCGCAGACUUCGGCCUCGCCAGAGACGUGCACAAUAUAGACUACUACAAAAAGACCACCAACGGUCGUCUGCCCGUGAAAUGGAUGGCUCCGGAGGCUCUGUUCGACCGGGUCUACACGCACCAGAGCGACGU